AUGUCUUCCCCAACCGUCGUCAACAUGAUGUCCAUCAACAACAUCAUCCACCACGAACCUCAAGACAACAGACCUGAGUGGACCACACCCUUCUGGCCUCGUCUCAGAGACUCCCUCAUCGAAGAUCCAGAGCUCUUCAACCACCUUCAACUUGAGUGCGGAAUCUGUCUCGCUGAUAUGUCCAUCUUUCCCCACGAACAUACCUUCAGUCCUGAGGGUCUGACCCCUGAAAAGAAAACCAUGUCGCACCGAGCUCGCAUUUUACCCUGCGGUCACAUGUUUGGAAACAAGUGUCUUCACACCAUGAUCGAAGAAGCCACCAAGGAUUUGGAGGUCGGAGAAAUCCCAGAAAUCGCUUGCCCUGCUUGCCGUGUCAUGUUCUCUUCUCAUAGCGACUGUUUGCAUUUUCACACCGGUAAGUUCAUGCCAACUACCAUGGAAGGUGUUUACGCAAUCCCCCCUACCUUCUCAGAGGGUGGUGUCCUUUUGCAUAGCUGCGGUAACUGUCUAGCCGUGGACGUAAUCUCUGCCGUCGCAAGUCUCGCCCCUAUGUUCAUACCCCCGCUGGAACUCACAGACAGAGAGGCUCUAGUCACUUACGGUACUACGGCCAAUCUCCAUUACUGGGGCAUACACCUUGGAGACAAUCAAAAUGUCUUCGAAGAGUUUGUGAGAGAGAUUCCUUUGGGAGAUGCAUUGCAGCGGAUCUGCAACGAGAUCACGGACCGUCUGAUGUGGAAUUCAACUAAACGAUGGCACUCUGAGGACUUUGCAGGGCUUAAGUUCCAGCUCAUGCUCUACAGGGAUAACCGUCCCCGGGCGAUUGACUACUGGAGAGACGUUGAGGUUUUGGAAAACGGAGAAAUGGACCGUGUCAUGGCAUUGAAUCUGGACUAG